AUGUCAAGACGAGUUAUCCCUGUGACGGAUUGGGCGCCUGUUCAGGAGGCCAUAUUCGACGAGCCCGCAGGCGAGGCUUCGACAUCCUCUUCAAUCACAGCGGUCGACUAUCCUCCACGCGAGCCCAUUGCCGCCGCCUACAAUAAGGACCGCCUCCGAAGCAAAAGCCAUUCCUACUCUCUUUUCUCGCGACGUCGUCCCCAGUCCAUGUUUGGACUUCCUCUCUCCUCGCCCAAGUCUGACGGCACCGGACUUGGACUCAACAUACAGGGCUUAGCAAUUGAUGGUUCAUCCUCGGCACCAACCCAGUCGCGAGCCAAACAUGGCCACAGUCAGAGUGUCGCCGCCGGUACAAGGACAAGGCAGGCUGCUGGCGAAGACGGCAGCAUCAAGAGCAUCAUUCGCAGGGCUUCCAUAUCGCUGAAAGGAAUGGUCAAUCACAGGCAGAGGCACUCGAUAGCAUAUCAGACUCCUACCGAUGCCUUUGACCAACAGACAUCUUGCAGCCCCGUUGCUAGCCCAAGUACCAGUCCUCGUCCCGGGACUUCUCACUCUGUUUGGGGACGUCGUCUGCGCCAGGCUGCCAGUUUCCGCCAUCAUAGGACGUCCCACGGCGCCGUCGAUGGUGAGCAACCCAGAUUCGACCACACGUUUCCCUCGCUUCCUUUGCCCGGCACCGGCAGCGAGCCUCCCAUCAUUCCUCGCCACACAGGCGCAGCGUAA